UCCUGGUGAUCAAAUUCUGAAGCUCGUAAAAAACAAAUUCUGUUUCGCAGCAAGAAAGACGAAAAUGUGUUGUCACAACUACUUUAUUUGCUUAUAAUGACAUAAAAUUAUCAUGUAAAAUGAGUGAAGUGAGCCUUCAAGAACGCAUAUUAAACUCGUUUGGUAUUUAAAAAUGUUAAUAUUUCCACUAAACUAACCUAUGACGUGGAGUGAUGUCUGUGGCCAAAGUUGCGACGGAGGAACGAGAUGUUGACGAUAGGAGAACUGAUUACAAUUUUUAUAAUAAAAUGUACUGUAUCGCAAGAGAAAUUGUUUUCUUUGUGGCCAUAACAUUUACUACGUAUGCAGCUUUGCAAAAUACAUCGCCGAAAGUUUCCAAGGGUCCGCCGCCCGUGCCGUUCUUCCCGCGGAACUCGCUGGUGAUGGACUUCUACAGCGGGCAGCUGGGGGCCGCGUUCGAGCGGAUCUUCGCGUCGGACGUGUCGUUCGUCAUGUACUACGCGCCGUGGGAUGCGGAGAGCCAGGCCGUGAGGGCCCACUUCGCGAACGUCGCGCGGUUCUACCGCAAGCAGGUGUUCUUCGCGGCCGUGAACUGCUGGCAGCCGCGCGGCGAGUGCCGCCAGCACUUCCCGAAGGUGCAGCAGUUCCCCGUGCUGGUGGCGUACGUGCAGCACACGAAGGGCGUGCAGUACAAGGGCGUGAAGGAGGCCGGCUACAUGGCCGCCUUCCUGGCGAGCGUGCUGCGGCCGCUGGAGCGCGUGCGCGGCCCCCGCGACGUGCUGCGCCUUGCCGCCGCGCACGACGCGCUGGUGGUGGGGUUCGUGGACCUGGCGGGGCCGCGGGGCGGGAGCGGGUUCCCCGCCUUCUACCUGGCGUCCCUGAAGCUGCUGGAGCGGGACCCGCUGCGCGAGGUGGGCGUCGCCGUGGCGACGGGCGCGGCCGCCCGCGGGGAGCUGGGCGUGGGCCGCACGCCCUCCGCCCGCCUCUACCUCUGGAACGAGACCCUCGAGUUCCCGCCGGACCAGCCGUUCGAGGCGGGCGCGCUGGCGGACUGGGCGUGGGGCAGCGCGCGACGGGCGUGCGCCUGGGUCACCCCGCCGGGCGUGAAGAGCCUCGCGCUGUCGUCGCGCGUCGAGGAGGGCCCCACGCUCAUGCUGUUCACCCCGCGCAGCAUGCUGCCCGGCCACAACUGGAUGUACAAGCUGCUCUACGAGUUGGCGCUGGAUUACUACAACUGCGAUGGGAACCUGUGGGUGUCGGAGCUGGUUCAGUACCUUCGCAAGGACCAAAUAGCGAGCAGGCUGCAGCUCGCGGAGGAAGAGCGGGCGUGCGCGGAGCGGCGCGAGGCCAGGGCGACGGCCGUGCCGACGCCGCCCGAGGCGUGGUCCAACGGCAGCUGCGCCGCGGGACCGUGCGCUGAUUGCCAGGCGCCCCCGGAGAGCUGCCCCCGGGACGUGUGCUGGCGGUGGGCAGCCAGCGACGGCGAGGGCGCCCCGUUCCCCGCCCGGACGCUCGGGGUGACGACGUCAAUGCUGCGCGGUGACGACGAGCGCUCGGCCCGCGCCGUCGCGGACGCCGCGCGGGCGGAGGAGUGCCGCUGGCUGGCGCGGGCCCGCGCUGCACACCCGCCCGUGUUCCCGCGCGGCAGCGUCCCUCGCAGCGGGGGCUUGCGGGACCUGGGAGGCCUGGCGUGCCGCACCAACCGGACGCUGUCCUUCCUCGCCGUGGACUCGCAGGCGUUCGGCCAGUUCGCGGAGGCGCUGGGCGCAGACGUGCUGGUGCGGCGGGACCAGACGGUGGCCCUCAUCCUCAGUCCCCAGGAGGAGAGUACGUACGUGCUGGAAGGAGGCGUGAACAGGGGCCUGCUGACGGAGUUCGUGCUGAACUACACGCGCGGCACGCUGAGGCGGUCCGUGCGCUCGGCGGCCGCUGCCCGCCCCGCCGGCCAGCUCAGCCGCUACCCGGAGCGGGGGCCGCGGGACUGCGGGCUGUCGGGCGACGCGGCGUGCGUCCCGGAGCUCACGGCCGACGACUUCCUGAGCACGGUGCUCGACCCCGGCAAGGCGGUGGUGGUGUUCUACCACAGCCCGUACUGUGCCUUCUGCCACGGCGUGGCCCACGUCUACCUCACGGUCGCGCGCUACUUCCGCGCCGUCGACGCGCUCCUGUUCGCCCGCGUGGACGGCGAGAGCAACGACCUGCCGUGGGAGUACGCGGCGGACCGCUACCCGACCGUGCUGUUCUUCCCCGCGCGCAGAAAGUCUGAGAGCCGGGUGUUCCCGCGGCGGCUGCCGCUGACGGUGCCCAACCUGGUGAACUUCGUGCUGGCGAACCUGGGGUCGGGCGGGGAGCGCGUGCAUGCCCUGGCGGGGCUGUGCGCGGCAUGGGACGCGCGGCUGGACGCCGCCUCCGCCCGCGGCUGCCUGGCGCGCGCCCGCGCCGAGAGCCUACGCCUGGUGGCGCGCUCCCUGGCGCGGCUGCGCGAGGCGGCCCUCGGGGCCCGACUCCGCCCACGCCGGCCGCUUCACGCCCGCUCGCGCGUCGCUGCGUUGCUCCGGCUCCAGCACGCCCGAGACCUGCACCUGCUGCUGGGGUCCGUGAACCGCCUGGCCGAGCACGGCGCCGUGUUCGCGCGGGUCCGGGCCUCGUUCCGCGCCCACCUGCGCGCCGUCGGCGCGGCCGGCCGGGCGUAGCACGUUCCGCACAUCGUCGAGCAAGUCACCAGUACGGGCGGGUGCUUUGAAAGAAUGUUGAGCGGUAACCGCAUCUUCCAGGUUUGUCGACCAAGCUGCAUUCAUUCACACGUACGCGCCAUCCAGAUUCAAAAUGACGAUGGUGCCCAAGCAAUAUUUCGAUAGGCUUAGCACAGCAUGUCAUGAAGUAACCGAGACAGCCAUCCGAAGAAUUUUAUACAGCCUGAAAUUUUAUACGCUAUUGAAAAUAUUGGGAUGAUGGUUCCGCGAAUAUUGGUGGGAAUCAUGUGAGAAGUGAGAUUAGGAUUGAAGUUUUAUCACAGUAGGUUUAUUUUUUUUUUUAAAAAAAAAAUUAUUUUGUCGCUUACUUAAUGAGUUGCUCUCGUAGUACGACGGUACAGAUAGUUUGGCGAACUUCAUCAUUGCAGUCUUUCCAUUUGUUGUCGAUGGUGGUCUGUGCCGGAGCCACUGGGGCGGUUCAACACGACGACGUGGGUGUCAAGACACGAGCGUGCCAUCACUAGUUUUUAUACCAGCGUGUCGUCAUUCGUUGAUAUAAUAUCGUGGAAACACACACUUGCUUUCUUCUGUGACAACCAGCAUGAACCAGGAGUGUCCUAUGUCCAUGAUGAUAUAUUAGAAAUAUGAUAUACAUAUGUAUUAUAAACCUGUUAUAAUAUUUUUCAAAAGGGCUUUAAGGAGAAAAAAAUAAUAUUAUAAGCAGGAAAAUUUUGUAAGCCAUAAAAUAUCAACUUAGCCUUUGUCAGUGUUUUUUUAUAUUUUUUACCAAUUGACUCAUUAAGCCAACAAUUUUUCAACUUAAUCAUGCUUCCAUUUUCUAUUUAAUUUGUUUUUAAAGACACACUGCCACAUUUCUAUAAAACGAUUGACGAUAUGGGACAAUGCUGAUGAAAUAAUUUUAACUCUUUAUCAGAAAUAGAAAACACUUCGUUUUUUUUAUUCUUCUCAUUGUGGAAUAGCUGGCAAACUAAAAUAUGGUAGGACUAUGUACGUACAUCUGAAAACACGCUAGAAUGGCAAGGAAUGGAAGGAUAUGUAAAUUUUUUCCCUUCAAGUCAAGGUUGCUAACAGACAUGUAACUCCAAACGUUAUGUAUCUUCAAUACAUAUAUCCAGUAAACAGCGUUAGCCAGCGCUAAUGUGUAGCACUGGUAUUCUGGCACACUUAUAUUUGUUUUUCCGUACAAUCCUGUUCGAACAUUCUUUUUAUGUAUACAUUAUAUUAGAGAUUGUAAACAGAAAUGCACGUAACGUAUAAAAGUAAACCUUUUAACAUGUUAAACUUCACAAAUGGGAUAAGUGUUGGAAUAUUGGGUUUAAUUUUUUUUUUUUUUGCAGUUUUGAAAUUAAUAAAGGAAACAUUACAAGCAGGAAAUACACUAUUUGUGAAACGUUAUACGUAUGCAGAAGUAAAUAUAUUGUCCUUAUGAGGGAAAUGUUGGGACUUUAUAAACAUGAUGUUAUAACAGGAACAUUGUAACAGGGUUCUAACUGUAAAUCAGUGUCUUCCCCAUCCGGAAGAUUCAUUCGAAGGACGUGUGUGUUCAUGUGUUUUACGAACUCUUUUACUAAUUUAUGUGAAUACAUUUGGUACGUAUACACAACAAUUAAUUAACUUUUUUUUGUUUUUUUUUUAAUCUGAUCCAUAGGUUUUUCGAUGACACACACACAAACAAAGAACAAAGUUAGGUGUGUGAAGCAUACUUCAUACGUGCUGCGAGUGUGUUAAAAGGGGGGGGGGGGCAUGUACCAUUCUAGUUCGUUGUUUCAUUUUUACGUCUAACGUGGUUACACUUCUAGACUUUUUAGUGGCUGAACUCCAACAAAUUGAGAAUAAUAUGUAGUGCUUAUUUUUUUUUUGCAUAAUUAGCUUGGCAAAGUUUCAUUUUAAAAAUUUUUGUACAAGAUGGAUGAGAACCAAAUGAAUGAAACAUCUGAAAAUUUUUGGGUUUAAAGGCACGGGCGCUGGCCACUGGUUGGUAUGGUUCAAAUUUCUCUCAGAAAAAAAUUAUUUAGUUUCAUUUAACCUUUUAAUUUCAUAACAAUUCUGAGAAUUAAAAAAAAAAGUAUCUAAAAAAGUUCCCCCUUCCCCCCCCCCCCCCCCCCGAAAGAAAUUAAACUUUAUAACUAAAACAUACAAAUAAGUUUCAGUAUUACAUUUCAUUUAAUCCUCCUUAACAUCCAUACUGCACAAAUAUCUGAAGAAAAAAAAUGCAACUUUGGCAACUAAUUAUGCAAUUAGUAUGAUAUAUAUUUCUAUAUACAUUCCAUUUUGUGAAAGUUUAGUCGCACUAAAAGUUGGAAAGUUUGACCGUGCGGAACGUAAGUGUAAAAUUACGACCUGGAACAGGACAUUCACCCUUAACGACCGGAUUCCACAGGUGCUGGUUUGUCUUCCCGGGUCAUUAUUAUUCAUCCAUUCACCCCUUGAUCUUCUCUCUCGCCGAUUUUUUACUAUUCGUCGAGGGUGGCCCGCCCCAAAGUGCGUGGGGGUGGUCGUGCGGUUUCGACUUCUAGGCUCCUGCGGCAUUUACGUGAUAGUUGAAGAACUGAGAAUUUUGUGACUGUAUGAGACAGGGUUUUAACGGAGGGGCUUGUUUAUGCUUCAGUCCUGAUUCCCAGAAUUACUUCCGGUCACCUCAUUUACCCAUGUGACGUUUAUUUUACGACAUUAAGAACUCAUGAGUUGCAUUAUUUUUUUGCAUAAUCAGCUGUCAAAUUGCAAUCUUUAAAAUAAUUGCAGAACUGUUUCGCAGCCUGUUGGCUACUUAAUUGUAAUAAUUAUAAUUUCUCUACGAGUAAUCAUCAACCUCCAUUGUCUGUCCAUUUUUUUUUUUUUUUUUUUUUUUUUUUUUUUUUUUUUUUUUUUAGUUGCUAAUUAUCAUUUACUAUAAUUGGCUGUGUUCGCAUUAUUGGGUGUAUUUUUUCUGGGAAGAUAUUAGUUAAAAAUUUACUGCUACACGAUUCUUGUUAUGCAUGUAUAUUUAUUUUAUGACAUGUUUUUUUUUUUAAAUGAAAGUGUAUCAUUUAAUCGCAGUUGUAACGCACUUAGGACCAUGUGCUCAGUCAGGUUUUGAGAACAUAUUUUUUCCGGGGACUCGAGACGAAUGCACAAAAAAGAUCACGAAAGAAGUUUUCUUUUUCGUGUCAACAACUUAGCUUUAUUUUAUGUUGUUUUCCCGUUCAAAGGCAAAGCUAAAACUUUAGCUGGGUGAAGUAAUAUUCCAAAUGGUAUUAUCUUCGAAAGAUUUGUGCAAUGGGAGUGCAUGACUUUAUGUAGGCUUUUGGACAUACGCCAUUGCUUAGCACAUGUAUGUCUGAAGGAGAAAACUACAAAAAAACACACAAAAAACACAAAAGACAAAAAACAAAUUAAACAAAAAAUUUGCUGUUGUCAGAAUUUAACGCCACACAAUACUCCGCAACAGGAAUAUGGUCAACAAAGAAAAAACAAAGAAAAAUGGACUAACAGAACGAAAAAAAACCCACAAAUGAUGACAGCACAAAGAUACCCAACCCAAAAAAAUUCAGCACAACAGUUGAAACGAGACAAAAACACAGCAAAACGAAAAGACGAAACAAACACAAUAGUUUUCCAAAAACAAAAAAAGAGAAACGAAUAAAACCCCCACAAAUGAUGACAGCCCAAAAAUAUUGAACCCAAAAAAAUUCAGCACAACAGUCAAAACAAGACAAAAACACGACGAAACGAAAAGACGAAACAAACUCAACAGUUUUCUAAGACAGAAACAAGCGACGUUUCGGGAACUGGAAUCUGCUCCCGUCCUCAGGCAGGGACGCACAUGGUACGGAAACACAGGUGCGACUUUGUUUGUUGACCUUAUUCCUGUUGUGGAGUAUUGUGCGGCGUUAAAUCCUGACAACAGCAAAUUUUUUGCAUAAUUUGUUUUUUGUAAUUUGUGUUUUUUUGUAGUUUUCUCCUUUAGACAUACAUGUGCUAAGCAAUGGCGUAUGUCCAAAAGCCUACAUCAAGUCAUUCCAAAUGGUAACCGUGCACUCAAAAUUAAUGUUGAGACUCAGGCUUUACAACCCGAGUCAUGGCUUGAGACUGACAUGAGCUGCGAUUCUGACUGAGCAUAUGGCACGAGGUGCGAAGAAGGGGGAGGGAGGUUGUUGUUACGGCUAGUCACGUUGGAGGCAGCCGGUUCGAGUUUUGUAACUGUUGCGUCGCCGAGUCUACAGAGCGAGCGAGCUGUCUGUCUGUGAUAUUCAAAGUCAUGUUAUUUUUUUGUAAUGCUGUGUACAUAUUUUACUGUGUAUAAAGUAAUAUAUAUAGCUGAACAAUUUAUACCUAACAUUAUAUAAACCCUAGUGCGAAUUGUGUAGGGAUUGUUAUAAGUUAUUUCCUGUAUGUAUAGUAUUUUAUUGUUUUUGGUUAAAUAUAUGAAGCUAUUUUG